AGGUGGGCCGUCUGCUCGUUCGCUUCCCUAACGAUAAAAAAAUAUAUACUACUAACUAACUUAUACUUUUUAUACUUGAAUGCUCAAGUUUACUAAAGUUACGUUAGUUUAAAAAUAUAUCAUAUUCCCUUCUAUUUCCAUACUACAAAGUUCUAUUGAUUGAUUGGGUUUUUUAUUGAAAUAAAAUGGUUCAUAAUUCUCUUGUAAACAGUAGGUUAUGUAGAUAGACAAUCGAGUGUCAAAAACCUGUUAAUAUUUAGUCAUCUAAACUGACAUUUGGCUAACAAUUCUUUUUUUUUUUAAUUACAACUAAACACGUCAUGUUUCCAGUAUUACAAAGUCUAUAUAAACUAAGGUUUCAACAAAAAAAUAUCACUAUUAGUUUUGUUUAUUUAAGUAUUGAACGAAUGUGUUACAUUAUGAGACCCGGUGUGCAUGCAUGGGAGAGGAUGCAGGAUAGCAUGCAAGGAUAUAUAAGAUCUUUCCUUUUUUAAUUUAAUUAUAUUAGUAUAGGAUUAAAGAUUAGUCUAAAUUCUGAAUUAUCGUAAUUCCUGUUUGGAUCACUUAAAACGUUUUUUGUUUGCUUCGUGCUUCGGAGGGCACGUGGAGCAGCCGUCCGGUAUGGUAACAGAGCUUAAAUGGUUUAAAUACGAUGAUUUUGCAAUAUCGGUUGUACAUAAACAUAUGAGAACAACUGCUUCUAAGGUCGAGGCUCAUUUUUUAAUGAAGGUGUGAAAGAAAAUUAUCAUUUUUUUUUUAAAUAAAAAUUUAAAAUGUAUUACAAGUUAAGAGAAGCGUAGACGCAGCCGGUGUAUGUGAUGGGAUGGAAGCCAUUUCCAAAGACGUUGGAGGUCUAUCAAGGAAUGUUUUUGCAAAGCGACUAAUAAAAGGAACAGAUUGUACAUGUCCUCUGAUUCUUUGCUACAUCUGCUAGCUUCUAUGCGACGCGAGGAGCGAGCCAAUAUUUAUUGUACAUGGAAUGAAAUGAGGCACAGAAAUUUGAAUGCACAUGUCUUGUCUAUGGCCAGUAAUGUCCCAAAAGAGUUCAGUUAUCAAUUACCACAGAUUAAUGUGUAUGAAAAUUUGAGCGCUAAUUUUACAAAUCGUAAUUCAGAACAUAUUAUCAAAUACCAGGAAGACAUAACAAAAAUACAGAGUAAUAUAACAAGUGCAGAUAAGCAACAAAGUCUUGAAGGUGUUUCCAAUGAAACGCAUAAAGAUUCAUUAACGCAGACUGAAAGAGAUGAAAUGGACGAAGACAAACACUUCAGUAUGAUGCUUGUACCAAUGUUCAAAAAGUUAAACGAAGAACAGAAACAUUACGCGAAGAUAGAGAUAUUAAACGUAAUGAACCAUGCUAGGCACUAUCAGCCACAGUUAGAACAGCAGUUGGAGAGUGUGAGACCUAAUAAAUUUAGAAUACAAGAAGAUAACUCUGUCAUUACACAGCAAAGCAAUUGUGAUAUAUCGCGGACGAAGGAGGGGUGUACUACAAAUAACUUGACCGUCAUUUCGGAACCUGCAUCCGUAAGAACGAAUUCUGAAUUUCAGUGCCUACCCUCAAGUGUUAAUAAUGAUGACGUUAUCAGUCGUACUUCAAUUGCGUCUCAUCAUGCUGCAAUGCCCGACUGUGCUAUUGUAGGUACACCUAAUAAACCUAUUUGUAAAGUUACAUCAUCAAAUUCCUCUAUGGAGUGGCGUUCAGAAUUUUCCAGAAGUAUAGAAACAUCGACGUUCGAGUACAAUUGUGCAAAAUCAGACUUUGAUUUCCACAAUACGUCAUCUUGAAAUAAAUAUUUGUUGUAAUUGUUUUUGUAAAUAAAUGUUAUCGGUAUUAUUUA